AUGGAGCAGGAGAUUUUUGUUAAAACUUUAAGCAAAAGGUCUAUUUCCAAAUUGAAGGUGAAAACUAAUGAUACUAUUAUCAAGAUCAAGAAUAGAGUGGUUAAUGAGCUAACUCCAGCCAAUAAACAAGAAUAUAUGAUAUUUUUCAAUAAUGAAUACAAACCUCUAAGUUCUAUAGAGAAACUUGAAGAUGCAAAGUUUGCUGGAACAGAUAAAUCUCAUUUGUGCACCCUAAUAUUGACGGAGGGAGAUUCUGCUAAAGAAUUUGUUAUGAGUGGAUUGUCUUCAAUAAUCAAUAGUGAAGACAUCUAUGGCGUAUUUCCACUAAAAGGAAAGAUUCCAAACGUGCGUGGAAGGUGGUUUAAGCUAAAUGACAUGAUAAACAAUGAAGAAAUUCAAAGUUUCGUUACUAUUUUAGGACUAAGAAAAAAAGAGGACAAUAAUUAUAAAUUUGGCUAUGGUUCUUUGAGAUACGGUCAAGUGAUGAUAAUUAGUGAUCCGAUUUCUAAAUCUGGAACAAAACAAUCAUUUUACUUUCAUCAAGAAUAUGAAUCAUGGAAAAAAACGUGCAAAGAUCCAUCUAGUUGGGAGAUAAGUUACUAUAAGCCUGAGAAUCCUGAGAGAUACCUAAAAACGAAAACUCCAAGUUAUGCAGAAUUCAUCCAUUCAGAAUUAAUAUUGUAUUCAAUAGAUAAUAUUCAAAGGAAGAUUCCAUCAUUAGUUGAUGGCCUUAACAAAGUUCAGAGAAAGAUUCUUUUUUCGUUGUUACAACGUGAAGAAAUGAAGCUAGUAAAACCAAUAUAUAUUGGCAAUUUAAUUGGUUAUGUAUCUGAGCGCACCUCCUACCGACAUAAUGAAGUUUCUAUUGCCAACGUAAUUAUUAAAAUGGCACAAGAUUAUGUGAAUAGUAAUAACAUAAAUCUUCUCUUACCAUUGGGUCAUUUUGGUAGUUCUAAAUUGCGAGGUAAAGAUCAUGCAGCUUAUAGAUACACACGCACUCAACUUAAUAGUAUUACUAGAUACAUCUUCCUUAAAGAUGAUGAUAUGUUUCUUGAUUACUUAAAUGAAGACGGAGAAUCGGUUGAACCAUAUUGCUACAGACCCAUAAUACCCAUGAUUCUCGUCAAUGGAUGUGUAGCAUUGAGUGUAGGUUGGUCUUCAUAUGUUCCAAAGUAUCAUCCAAGGAAAAUUAUUGAAAAUAUUAAAAGUUGGCUGAAGGAUAGAACAAUUUCAGAAAUGACUCCAUGGUACAAAGGAUUUAAUGGAGUCAUUAUAAAGGAUGAUAGUAACAAUACUGAAAAUAAUAGUAACAAUACUAAAAAGACAUCUUUCUCGGUGAGUGGCAAAGUGAUUAUAACAGGUUCAAAUGACUUUCUAAUAAAAGAUAUUCCUUUUACUCAGUGGUCUACAAAAGAUUACAAGAAUUUUCUUACAUCUCUAACUAAGGGAUCUCUUGGAAAAACACCUCGCAUCAAGAGAGAUAAGGUAGCCAAACUUGAGCGUGAUAUAAAGAGUCUCUACUAUAAAAUUGUGUUUAUAGAAUUGUUGAAUAUGAAGAAAAACUCUCCAUUGACAAUUUUUAUGAAGAAAAAUGAAUUGCUCUCUAUAUUCAAGAAAAAGUUAUCAGAAAAGAAAGAGCAGGGAGAACAUACUUAUCAAGAAGAACAUAAUCAUGAAGAUGUAUACAAUUUUGUUAAAUCCAUGCCUAUUGGCACCUUGUUUGAUGAUGAUGAUGACAGUUUGAAGAAUAUGAAAGAUGAAUGGAAAAGAAUGAAAGAGAAAAUUGAAAUUUUAGAGUAUACAACACCAGAAACUUUGUGGCUCAAUGAUCUAGAACAUUUUGAAUCUAUUGCAAAGAACCUAGUGCCUGAGGUGUAUACUCCUCCUGACAAUGAAGAUUGA